AUGGACGCGGACUGGGACGAUGUGGACGGAAAGCGCGCAGGCGGGUGGUGGAAUUGGCGGGGAGUUGCCAACGUCGGUUUGCUCGUCAUUCUGAUCCUCGCACUGCUUAUGCUCUUCGUGUUCUACCCCGCGUUCGAGCACUUUCGCGACUUGGACACGGUCAUCGCGAUCAGCGAUAACACGCAGGUGAACGGGACGGGGCAGGUGCCAGUUCUCUUCCAAAUGCCGCAAUUGAUCGACCCCGAGACGCCCUCCGACGCGCGCUCGCGCACCGGCUUUGACGGGCACGCCUACGAGCUCGUCUUCUCGGACGAGUUCAACACACCCGGGCGCACCUUCUAUCCGGGCGACGACCCCUUCUGGGAGGCAGCCGACAUCUGGUACGGCUCCACGCAGGACCAGGAGUGGUACGACCCGCGCCAGGUCACGACGACGGAAGAUGGUCACCUGAGGAUCGUGAUGGAGCAGGUGGAGACGCAUGGCUUGCCGUAUCGCAGCGGGAUGCUGCAGAGCUGGAACAAGUUUUGCUUUUCGAGGGGGUACAUUGAGAUCAGUCUGACGCUGCCCGGGCCGGACUCGAAUACGCAGGGUUAUUGGCCUGGCGCGUGGACGAUGGGGAACCUGGGCCGUCCGGGCUAUCGGGCGACGACGGACGGCACUUGGCCGUACUCCUACGACUCGUGCGACAUUGGCACGUUCCGCAACCAGACCACCAAGGACGGCACGGGCCCGGCGGCAGCGCUGCACUCUGAUCAGAGCAGAUCAAAGUACAACUAUGAGCUCUCGUGGUUGCCUGGACAGCGGUUAUCGUGCCACCCCGGCCCGUCGCCCUCCAAGGGCCGCGGGGCGCCCGAGAUUGACAUCCUCGAGGCGGAGAAGGACAAGGAGACGAACGUCGGCCAGGUCGUCUCGCAAUCCGCGCAGUUUGCGCCGUUCACGCACGACUAUCUGUACGCGAACGAUACGGUGGAUAAGUGGAAGAUAUACGAUGAGACGAUUACGAGGCCGAGUAGCUAUCGGUGCGUGCUCUCCCUUUGGCUUGAGUUUCGUGCUGCGGGUGGCUUCGAUGGUGCGUGCGGUGGGCAAGAGCCAGGCUGGCGUUGGGCUUCGGGAUGCGGGUGUGUAACUGCGUGUAUCGUGCUGUCAGGUACGUUCUAUUUGCUCAGGUCUAUCUAA